AUCACCUUCUGUUUCAUGUUUCUGCAACCACCGAAGAAAACUGAGACAUCUCAACAAACUCAAUAACAAUGGCGAUGGCUUUCAAGAUGGCUACAACCGGGAUGUGGGUCACCGAUGAGUGCAAGAACUCUUUCAUGGAGAUGAAAUGGAAGAAAGUCCACAGAUAUAUAGUGUUCAAGAUCGACGAGAAAUCGAGGCUGGUGAACGUCGAUAAAGUCGGCGGCCCCGGCGAAAGCUACGACGAUCUUGCCGCUUCGUUGCCUACAGAUGACUGCCGAUACGCUGUGUUUGAUUUCGAUUUCGUCACCGUCGAUAAUUGUCGGAAAAGCAAGAUCUUCUUCAUUGCUUGGUCCCCGACGGCAUCAAGAAUUAGAGCAAAAAUGUUGUAUGCAACGUCCAAAGAUGGGCUGAGGAGUGUGCUAGAUGGCAUCAGCUAUGAAGUUCAAGCGACUGACCCAACUGAGAUGGGGAUUGAUGUGAUUAAAGACAAAGCUAAUUAGGAUUUUAAUUAUGGCAUCUUUCUUUUAAAUAACUACAACAUGUGCCUUCUUUCUUUUCCCUUGUUACCUUUUUCUUUUUCUUUUUAUUGCUAGACUUUUAGCAUUAAUAUGUAAG